UAAAGGAGCGACCUCAGUCUACUUUGUCACUGAGUUCUCAAGUUAAAUUAGAGCGUUGUUGGAUUUGUUGCGUAAAUUGCGCGUAAAAGGCUCCCGCGUGCCAAUCUCACGACCUCACAGGUGUUUCCUAUUGCGUGACAGGUGCUGCUUGAUUAGAGACUGGUCCAUAAGGUGCCUGUUGCAGCUCCUGCUGCUACAAAAUGCAUCAUGUUGGAUGUUAGUCACGUUUUCUCACGGAACAUGACUCAGACUAUUUACAGCGCUUAAACCUCUUUUCAAGCUUGUGAUUGAAAUGCACAUGAGCAUGUAUCAUUUCACACAGUUGGACAGGAAAACACGUUUGUGUAUUCUGUCACCAGUUUCUCCUGUUGGAAUAUCUUUUUCCUGUUCAAUGUUGUAAACUAAAUCUCAGCCAUAAAAUUGCAGCUGCUCUCGGGGUCCCAGAAUUUUUGCUCUUUUGCAGUGGAAACCGUGGUGAUCAUCAGAGGGCCCUUCAUCCACCUCCAUCACUGGCUGGUGUUAAGCAGCAGGAGAAGCCUUGUCUCUGCAAAGCUCUGCUGCGACUGAACCUUAAGUUUGCUGUGCAGCUUCUUUAUUCCUGUCAGGAGACGGGAUUUGGAUGCCAGUGUACUUUACAGUCUCGUGAUGUAAAAAUAACUCCACACAAACCCUAACAGCUGCGGGGGAACUGUCUCUAAACUAUACUAGGUGAACCGGAUCAAGCCAGUAAAGUUGCCACAGUGUUUAAAUACCCUAAAUCAAACCAAAAUGCAUGAGUAGCACAUUUGUGAGUGCCAGUGCCAGUUCUUCUGGACUCACAAUGGCUGAAAUGACAUGAUAUGCUCUUUUAAGGACACUUCAGAUCCUUGCUGUGGCAACUAGUGCCACAGAGAAAGAGUAAUGUUUGCUGGGCGUGUGCCAGGAAUGAGGUUUGGUGUCCAGAGCGAGCCAGUAAAGCAGUUCAAGAAUGUGAGUUCUUCUCAUUUGUAGUUAAAGAUAGAGGCAGAAAAGACUGGAUCCUGCAGCAUCUAACUUCAGAUUAUCUCAGUUCUGGUGCUUUUUAAAAGGUUGUUGAUUUGUGGACAUUUGUUAGUGGAAGGAGUAGACGAGCUUGGGCAAGGAAAACAAAAGCAGCCAUGGUGCUUUAUAAAAGAAUGAUUGAAGACUGCUGGCAGCGAGGUGACAACAUGGCGGACAGAAGGCAACUGUAUGUCGAGAUGAGGGCCCAGGAUUUGGACUCCAUACGGUUGUCAACCUACAGAACAGCCUGCAAACUUCGAUUUGUGCAGAAGAAAUGCAACUUGCACUUGGUUGACAUUUGGAACGUCAUCGAGGCUUUCCGCGAGAACGGCCUUAACACCAUGCACCUCAGCGCUGAGCUUGCUGUGGCUCGUCUGGAAGUGGUUCUGUCCACGAUCUUACACCAGCUGAACAAGCGCAUGCCCACCACCCAUCAGAUCAGCGUGGAGCAGUCCAUCAGCCUGCUGCUCAACUUCCUGCUGGCGGCCUACGACCCGGAGGGUCACGGCAAGAUUUCUGUUUUUGUCAUGAAGAUGGCGCUUGCAACCAUCUGCGGAGGGAAAAUUCUGGAUAAACUAAGAUAUAUCUUUUCACAAAUAUCAGAUCCUGCUGGAAUAAUGGUUCCCUCACAGUUUGACCAGUUUCUGAGGGAGGUGCUGAAAUUACCCAUGGCGGUGUUCGAGGGGCCUUCCUUUGGCUACACUGAGCAAGCUGCACGAUCCUGCUUUGCACAGCAGAAAAAGGUCUCGCUCAACACAUUCCUGGACACGUUGAUGUCAGACCCGUCCCCUCAGUGCUUGGUGUGGUUACCGCUCAUGCAUCGUCUCGCUAACGUGGAGAACGUGUUUCAUCCGGUCGAGUGCUCCUACUGCCACACUGAGAGUAUGAUGGGCUUCCGCUACCGCUGCCAGCAAUGUCACAAUUACCAGCUCUGUCAGGACUGCUUCUGGAGGGGGCAUGCCAGCGGUUCCCAUAGCAACCAGCACCAAAUGAAGGAGUAUACGUCAUGGAAAUCUCCCGCGAAGAAGUUAUCUCAUGUCCUCAGCAAGUCACUGAGCUGUGCAUCCAGCAGAGAGCCCCUUCACCCCAUGUUUCCAGAAACGCCAGAGAAACCUCUCAACCUCGCUCAUAUUGUGCCACCAAGACCAGUGAAUCUUGCCAAUGACUACUCCUUCUCCCACACCAUGCCUACAUCAGGGAACCCGUACUCCACCAAAAACCAGAAUAAUGAUGCUGGGCAGAAAACAGCCCUGGCCUGGGCUGUUCCACACCUGUUGAGAGGAAGAGGGCUGAAGUACAACCUGGAGGUUGCCGAUAGACUUGCUGACGAACAUGUUCUCAUUGGCAUCUAUGUGAAUCUGCUCCAAAACCGACCCAGCACAUGCUUGCUGGAAAGCAGUAACCAUCAUGAUGAGGAGCACAGUCUUAUUGCCCGCUACGCUGCUAGACUGGCUGCUGAUGCUGUGGCUCAAGAGCAGAGGGACCCCACAGACCUGCCCUACUCUCUGGACACUAACAAACAGCAGCGGCAGCUCAUCGCAGAGCUGGAGAGCAAGAACAGAGAGAUCCUGCAGGAAAUCCAGCGGCUGCGCCUCCAGCACGAGGAGGCUUCCCAACCGCCACCCGACAAGGGUCAGCAGAACCCCACCCUGCUCGCUGAGCUACGACAUCUCAGGCAACGCAAAGAUGAGCUUGAACAAAGAAUGUCUACUCUGCAGGAGAGUCGCAGGGAACUCAUGGUGCAGCUGGAGCAGCUAAUGAUGCUUCUCAAGACUCAGGGUCCCGGAUCUCCACGCUCUUCUCCGAGCCACACCGUCAACCGACCGAUCCCCACGCCGAUCCACUCGGACUCUGCUGGCACCACUCCGACCCACACGCCUCAGGACUCGCUGAUGGGAGUAGGAGGGGAUGUUCAGGAGGCCUUCUCUCAGGGUCCAAGGAGAAAUUUAAGAAAUGAUCUUCUUAUUGCUGCUGACUCCAUCACCAACACAAUGUCCUCACUAGUUAAAGAGCUCAAUUCAGAAGGGGGCAGCGAGACCGAGAGCCUCUUGGAUUCAGACUUUGGACGUUGUGAUUUAAUGGCUUCAACUUCUUCAGAUCAUUUCUUCACAUAUAAACCAAGGCCUGUUAGCACUGCAGAGGAAGAAAGCUUUGAGAACAAUCUGGAGCGGCAGCUUGAAGACGAGCUCAAGUUGGAAGAGUUAGUGAAGCACAGACAGGAAACCGACGAAACGUGCAUGCUGACGCUGCAACAGUGACUGUGGUAGCUAAGGGAUUGGUGAGCAAUGCAGCAAUAGUUGAAGACACUGAAAGAAUUACCACUGGACUGACCAAACAGCGCUGACGAUAUGGAGAAUUUAGGUUUAGCUAAAUCCAACCAUAAAAUAUGAUUAUGUAAAGAUAUAGUUUUUUAACCAAGCACAUAUUUAAGGUAAAACUGUGAGCUGGUGUAAAGAGAUUAAUUACUGAGCUGUCUAUUAUACCACAGGUGCCAUAAAACACAUGAUUUGGGAGAAAUGUUUCUUAAUUUUUAAUCUUUUUUUACAUGCGUUGUCUGUCAGCUGUAGUAGGUUCGCUGUAAAUGCAGGGUGACCAACUUGUUCCUUUCUCUUGUUUUGAACAACAUGCUUAAAUGUUGAGUUUCACCCGAUUCAUGGUGACACACCUGAUUUUAUGUGCAGUUAUGAAAUAAUAUAUCCUAAAUGUGUUUUUAUUUGAUCUAUUAUUCUGGCCAAUGUGCAUGAACAAAAUGAACAUUUUUCCACGUUUCUACUGUUGCUUCUAAAUAGUGUUCUUUCAUUUGGAAAAAUAGUACUUCUGUGUGUUUGUUUCAUUUUGUAAAUUAGGAAUAAUAUUGCACACUGCCUUAGCUGACUGGAUGAUCUGUCACAGCAGUUCAUUUUAGCAGCAUGUAGCCUACAACAAAACACACCUGGAGGUUUUUAUUGAAGUUAAGCCCAUAAACGCCAGCUUCACCCGCACAGUUAGCAUUUGCUUACAAAUUAUAUAUAAUGUUGAUCAAAAAAAUCACAGAAAAAUCAAUUUAUGCUUUUUCUUAUUAGCAUUCAACACAACCUGCUGUUAAAAGAAAGAUAAUUUUGCUUUACUCUUAUGUGUAGCACUUCAAACUUGACACAAGUACAUUCAGUUGAUCCAGGGAAAAUGGUUUACGCUUCAUUUCUGAUCCUCUUUGACCCCUAAAUUUUCAAAAUGCCUCCGUGUCCACUUGUGGGAGAUUUAGGGUCUUAUUCUGGGUAUUAUUUGAGUUUUAGAAAGAUCAUGCCUGCAUGAGAACAGCUUUUUAAUGGCUGCUUAUCACAACAAACGUCUGAAAAAUUGAAAGAAAUAUCAACAGAACUUUGUCGAGCAUCUUCGAUAUGUCGUUUUAGUCAAAAUGUAUUAUUGUAUUGGGGAAAGAUUUUGAAAAUGAUAGUUCUAGCAGGCAGAAUCAUUAGAAAAUGUACAUUUAAAUGAGAAAUGAUGGAUUACUGCCAUAAGUUCAGUUAACAUAAAUUCUCCCACACAAACCUUUGUUUAAUUUGCACACCAACACAUACACGUUCUUCAUGCUUUAUAUAUGUGUGUGUAUACAUUUUUGCCCAGUUAUUUUAAAAAAAAGUGGCAAGCCAAUCUUAAACCAUAAGAGUGUGAAAAUUUUCUAGUUUGAUUUUUGCCCUAUUUUGAGCAAGUUCAUAGCAGUGACUUUGCAUGGUGGUAAUGCAUAAUAAAGUGUUGACACAAUA